CGCCGCCGCCGCCGCCGCCGCCCCCCCGGUCGGAUCCCCUUGGCUGCCUCCUUUGCAACGUUGGGCAGCCUCGGCACCGGGGCGGAGAUGGGCACGGUGGUCCCUCCGGGAUCCGUGGUGGUGUCCGACUGGCACAGGAGCCAGGAGGGCAAAGAGUACUUCGGGACCCUGCUGCGACGGAACAGGCGCCGCUUCUUCGGAAUGAUCGAGAGACCAGUGCUGUCCCCACAGCUGGCUGCAGAUGUUGCAGGCUAUAAGGUCUUUGUGUCGGGGAAGAGUGGAGUUGGCAAGACAGCGCUGGUGGCCAAGCUGGCUGGCCUGGAGGUUCCUUUGGCGCAUCACGAGACAACAGGGAUCCAGACCACCACCGUGUAUUGGCCAGCCAAGCUUAGAGAGAGUGGCCGGGCCCUCUUCUUCAGGUUCUCCAUCUGGGACUGUGGGGAUGCCGUACUCAAAAAGUUCGACCACAUCCUGCCGUCUUGCACAGAGAAGGUGGACGGAUUCCUUUUCCUGUUCUCAUUCACGGAUCGUGCAUCCUUUGAAGAGCUGCCUAGUCAAAUCUCUCGUGUGACAGAAGGUGCCAAGAAUGCAGUCAAGAUGGUGAUUGGCACCAAGUUUGAUCAGUUUGCCCAUAGUGAUGUGACUGAGCAUGAUGUGGCUGCAUUCUGUCACACCUGGGGACUGCCUGUCUUGCGAGCAAAAAGCAUUAAUGCACCACGGCUGGCUGAUGGCCAAAGCUUGGAUGGCCGAGCUGGAUUGUCCGACAUGGCCCACCUACUCAACGGCCUAAGCGAGCACCUCUGGCGACAGGACCAGUGGGCGGCAGGACUCCUCCCACCAUUGACAAGCCCUGGGUCCUCAGAAGAGCCAGCAUUCAGCUGAGACAGUACCCCCAGAAGCACACACAUCAGGCAGGCUUGUGUUGUCUAAGAAACUGCUGGAUGGCACUGGGAUGGUAUUUGAAUAGAAGCUUCUGACAAGUCUCAGCACAGAGGCUGAUUGGCCAAGCAUUAGACCAGCACUGUCGUGCCAGUGACCAAAAGGCAGAUUGGGCCGAGCCAGGAUGACAGAGAGAAGCUUGGUUGGCCAAAAAGCAGCCCUCAAAGACCUGGUGGUCCUUUAGGAAAAGAGACGAAAAAUAUUGACUCAUGUGCUUUUGAGGCCCACAACACCCUUCUUACUGGUAUUCCCCCCCCUCCCAGAAUUGUGGGAUAGACAAGGGCUCCAGGCUGGCUUGAAAACAGGUGACACCUGCCUUCUUGCCUCACUUCAGUCUUGACAUCAUAAGUCUCUAAACUGAAUCAUGUCUCCUUCAGAUGGAUAUGCCUCACAUCUAGAGAGUAGCUAAACUUGGGUCAUGUCCUCGUGCCUUUUCCGUCCCUUUCUAUAUUGUGUUCCGGAGAGUGGAUUUAAUAAAUACCUUGAAUUUGGA